AUGUGGACGAGUCUUAUUUUAUCAAUGCUUCUGCUGCAUUGCCUGGUUGCAUUGCCAGCUCCUGAACUAAAAGUCCUGGAUUCCUGGAGUGCAGAUACAGCCUGUCAGGAAGUGGAUAAAUCUGUGAUGAUUGAAAACCAAAACGAUUCCACAUGCACCACUUUCGUAUAUUGCUAUUUAACCAAUGACUCAACGAGAGCUCUAAUCAAAAGUUGUAAAAGUGGGCAAUACUUUGAUUCGAACCUUAAAGUCUGCAGUAUUAAUAAACCCGAAGGAUGUGCAUAAAAAU